UCCUGUAUAAUAAAUUUUGUUUUACAGUUGAUUGAGAAGGGAGGGAGAGAGAGAGAGAGAGAGAAACCCUAAAAGCAUUGAAGGUUUUGAAUUGGAAUUGGAAUCAAUCGAGAAGAAGCAUGACGAUUCAUUCUGUAGUGAUACAGAAGCUUCUUAGCACAAAUGCACACAUUGGUCGUCAAGUCGCCACUCAUCAUUUCAAAGAUUACACUUACGGCCUUCGCAACAGAAUGGCAAUCAUCGAUUCCGAUAAGACUUUGAUUUGUAUGCGAAGUGCUAUCAAUUUCAUCUCUUCCCUUGCUCGCCAUAAUGGUCGAUUCAUGUUCAUCAACACCAAUCCUCUCUUCGAUGAAAUCUUCGAACUUAUGUCCAAAAAGGUUGGAUGCUACAGUCCCUCUUCCAAUUCUCUCUGGCGUACUGGUGGAUUUCUCACCAACAGCAACAGUCCCAAGAAGUUUCGAUCUCGCAACAAGAAACUUUGCUUCGGUCCCACUCAGCCUCCCGAUUGCAUCGUCAUUGUCGAUACUGAGAGCAAGUCUUCUGUUAUUGACGAGGCUUUCAAACUUCACAUUCCAAUUGUCGCUCUUGUUGAUUCUGCUAUGCCUCUCCAUACUUUCAGCCGCAUUGCUUAUCCCAUUCCCGUUAACCCCUCUGUUCAAUUUGUCUAUCUUUUCUGUAAUUUGAUUACCAAAACACUGCUUCUCGAGAAGAACAACAACAACAACAACUCUAAUAUCAAACUUCUUGAUGAUGAUCAUCAUCUGAGGGAAAAACAAGCUGCCAAGGAGAAGAGUAAUUUGGCUGCUAAGCUUGGCGUCACUGUUAUCCCCUACGAUGCUAUAUCACCCUUGCCCCAAGAUGUUGAACAAACUAAGAAUCUUUUGGACAAGCUUGUUGUUUUGAAGCUCAAUCAUGCCUCAGGAACAAAUAUGGGUUUUCAAAACCCCAAAUCUGCAAUGGAUAUUUGUGACGGACAGACAUUUUUAGACUUAAUCAUUAACCAGAUUGAGACCCUCGACUCCAAGUACGGAAGCCGGGUUCCAUUGCUGAUUUUUAACAAAGAUGACACUCAUGAUAGUACUUUAAAGGUUUUGGAAAAGUAUUCGGAAUCCAGCAUUGAUGUGCGCACUUUUAAGCAGGGUAAAGGUCCAGAGCUAACAUUAUCAGAUGGACAUAGCAGUAAGGAGGAAGUGCAUACAUUUGACAAUGGUGAUAUAUUCCGUUCACUAAUGAUAGGUGGAACCCUGGAUUUAUUAUUGUCACAGGGAAAGGAGUAUAUCUUUGUGAUGAAGUGCGACAAUGUGGGAACUAUCAUUGAUCCAAAUAUACUAAAUCAUUUGAUGACAAAUGCUAUUGAUUAUUGCAUGGAGGUAACACCAAGCCAUUCGUCUAAUGUGAUCUUAACUCCAAUGAAUUUUAAGCUUAAGGAGAUUGUUCGAAACCAAGAUAAAGAUUUGAAGGACAAAUGCAAACUUAUUGAUACAACAAACAUGUGGGUGAGUUUAAGAACCAUUAAGAGGCUUUUUGACACUAAUAGACUAAAGCUCCAGAUGCCCCCAAUCUCAAAGGAGGAUGACUAUGAUCAAACUCUUCUACAAGGAACAGAUGCUGGACAGGCAGUACAGUUCUUUGAUAAUGUGAUUGGUGUCUCCAUACCCGAAUCUCGUUUUGUUCCCUUGGAUACAACAUCAGAUUUACUGCUUCUGCAGUCAGAUCUAUACACUUCUAGAGAAGGUGUUUUAGCUCGCAAUCCAGCUAGAACCGACGCUUUAAAUCCUGUGAUAGACUUGGGACCCGAAUAUGAAAAGAUUGCUGACUUUCGAAGUCGGUUCAAAUCCAUUCCAAGUAUCGUGGGGUUGGAUAGUUUGAUUGUGAGAGGCGACGUGUGGUUUGGGGCUAAUAUUACUUUGAAGGGGCACGUGACUAUUGUUGCAAAACCGGGCUUGAAAUUGGAAAUUCCAGAUGGAGUUGUGAUUGAGAAUAAGGAGAUCAACGACAUUGCAGAUAUCCAAGAAUGAAUGGUUCACCAAUGUUGAGGGGUAUUUGUUUCUAAUGAAUAGGUGACUCCAGAUGCUUUGAUUUGUCGUGCAAUACAGUUACAAAGCUCGCCAUCAGUUAGCUUUUCUAUUUACUGGGAACCGAAAGGUUGAAGAAACAAAUAACAAGUUUUGGAAGCGCCAUAACAGUGAUGAAAUAAUUGUCUCUACUCACUUAUUUGGCCUUGUACCUUUCUAGCUUUUAGAUAAAAAAAAGGCUUGAUGCUGAGGUAAUGAAUAAAAAAGUAAAAGUGAUUGUUUUCCUUGAUACUACAUAGUCUCAUCAAUUGUUUACUGUACAACGAGUUGGACCACAGAACAGACAUUUUUUCAUCCUAUUUAAUUGGAAGUAUUAUAUUCGGCAUUGACUUAUUGUUAUAUACAGACGGUACAACAAAAUCUUACUGUUUGUACUUUUUCUUUCGUCUGAUGUUGCACCCUCAUUCAUGUCUAUCAAACAUCAUAAUCUGUGUAGGAAUGUUUAAUAA